AUGGUAUCAGACAUAUCGUCGUGCCCGCUGGAGGUCCUUGAGAUGAUCGUUGCGGCCGCUGACCCGAAAGACCUGGCCAGCCUUCGUCUUGCCAGCAAACUGUGGUGCGACCUGUCGAGCAAGCGUUUCGGAUCAACACGACUUCGACACCUUCGAUGUGUGUAUUCGCCGUACAGCCUACAGAGUCUAGUAGAUCUUACAGCUCAUCCGCUCUUUGGUCCUUGUAUACAGUCCAUCGUGAUUGGUACCUAUCGUAUGAGAAAACAUCUUGUGAAUACUCAACCACACAUACAAGCAAGUCCU